GGCGCUUGAAAAGAAGCGCUUCCGGAGGCUUGGACUACUAAUCAAUAAACUAGGCUCUUAGGCUUGACCUAGUCGUCGCUCGAACCUGUCAGAGUCGGACAGCCGCGUAGACCGCUCCUGGAACACGGCGGGCAAAGAGUGUGAACCUUCACACAAUGUCUGCUAGUCCGAUGUGUAUUGAACCUGAAGAGACAUCUAGGCAUUGAAUCUGGAGAUGUAAAUGGAAGACAGAUUGUAGGCUUCAUUGAAUGGAGAACAUCCUUCCUCUAGAGUUUUGCUAACACCGAUUUCAAAUUGAUCUUAACUUGCUUUUUAUGUAAGAACUGCUGGACUUCAUAUUUUUUACUAGAGAAGCCUAUGACCUACAACUGCCCGAGACUUGAACACAUUACCUGUAGGGUAUCAACUACAUUAAACCUGGGAGCUCUUCUCUGCAUGCCCUAAAAUGUUGAGAUACUGGGGAGAGAUACCCAUCCCAUCGGGACAGACCAACCGAAGUUCCUUUGAUCUGCUCCCACGGGAGUUCCGCCUGGUGGAAGUCCAUGACCCACCCCUGCACCAGCCCUCGGCCAGCAAGCCCAAACCCCCAACCAUGCUGGACAUCCCCUCAGAGCCUUGCAGCCUCACCAUCCACACCAUCCAGUUGAUCCAGCACAACCGACGCCUUCGCAGCCUCAUUGCCACCGCUCAGACCCAGAAUCAGCAGCAGACAGACGGCGUGAAGGCUGAGGAGAGCGAACCUCUUCCCUCCUGCCCUGGGUCACCUCCUCUCCCUGAUGACCUCCAGCCUUUAGACUGUAAAAAUCCCAACGCACCAUUCCAGAUCCGGCACAGUGACCCAGAGAGUGACUUUUACCGCGGAAAAGGAGAACCAGUGACUGAACUCAGCUGGCAUUCCUGUCGGCAGCUCCUCUACCAAGCAGUGGCCACAAUCUUGGCCCAUGCGGGCUUUGACUGUGCUAACGAAAGCGUCCUGGAGACCCUAACUGACGUAGCACAUGAGUACUGCCUCAAGUUCACCAAGUUGCUGCGCUUUGCCGUAGACCGGGAGGCCAGGCUGGGACAGACCCCUUUCCCUGAUGUCAUGGAGCAGGUGUUCCAUGAAGUGGGGAUUGGCAGCGUGCUCUCCCUGCAGGAGUUCUGGCAGCACCGCAUCAAGGACUAUCACACUUACAUGCUACAGAUUAGCAAGCAGCUCUCUGAAGAGUAUGAGAGGAUUGUCAAUCCUGAGAAGGCCACGGAAGACACUAAGCCUGUGAAGAUCAAGGAGGAGCCCGUGAGUGACAUCACGUUCCCUGUCAGUGAGGAGCUGGAAGCUGACCUGGCUUCUGGGGACCAGUCCUUACCCAUUGGGGUGCUGGGAGCUCAGAGCGAGCGCUUCCCGUCCAACCUGGAGGUGGAGGCUUCGCCACAAGCUUCAAGUAAGGAACAGAGUGUAUUCAUUUUGAUCCGGGUUCUGUCCAUCUUAGCAAUUAAUGACAUCUUAGAAUCAUACUCAGAGUAGGAGAAAAGCCGACAUGGGCAGAACGAAGUUGCUGAGACAGACAGAGCUGUGGUAAAUCCUUAAGAUACACUUUGGUUAAGUAGUCAUGUUUCCUUGAUAGAAGUCUAAGAAAUUGCAGACCACCGGGCAGUGGUGGGGGGCAGUGGUGGCGCACGCCUUUAAUCCCAGCACUCGGGAGGCAGAGGCAGGCGGAUCUCUGUGAGUUCGAGGCCAGCCUGGUCUACAAGAGCUAGUUCCAGGACAGGAACCAAAAGCUACGGAGAAACCCUGUCUCGAAAAUCCAAAAAAAAGAAAGAAAUUGCAGACCAAAGGGAAUGAAAUUGUUCUGCCUGGUUUGAAUAGGCUGGUCUCUUGUAGGUUAUAGCUGUGAUGACAUUAGGAUCUGACAUCACUUUUUUA